AUGCUUCUUCGACGGGUCUCCUCUAGAAUUCUAGUCCAGCGACGAGGUAGAACAGACGAUGGGACACUAGAUGAACAUAAGCUGGUAAUUCCCACCGGAAAGAGCGAUGUCGGCUUUGAAACACGGAUCACCUAUCUCUCGAAGGAAGCAACAGACGACAGGGUAAUUUUUUUUGAUUUUUAUUUUAUGUUUAGAAUCCAGCAGUAUGAUCUGUUACCAUGUUUUAUCCAAAUUUAGAUUGGGAUACGUGGGAUGAGUCAGACUGGCUUUCGAAUGUAUGAUCUCAACUUUCUUUGGGGCCCGAUUGCCUGUUUCCCCACCGUGGCCGUCUCUUGGAAAGUUAAAACGCCCGAAGAAAUCAACGAGGAAAGUUUGGACAUGUUCUUUGCCCUGAGGCCAAAAUUGGAUGUGCUUGUUCUUGGAGUUGGUGCGAGGAAGAAUGUAGACAUAGUUAGGAAAAACGUGGUGAAAGUCGCAGCCAAACACAGAGUAGGACUUGAAUUGAUGGUGACAGUAGGUUUUAACCGUUCUUUUAUAUUCUUCUUGGUUUAGGAAGAUGCAGUCACAACAUUCAAUUUCCUGAACGCUGAACACCGUUAUGUGGCUGGAGCAUUUUUCCCUCAAAUAGAUCUCAAAGUGAGUGAUCGAGAGAACGCCGAGUCGCUGAAUCUCCAUCAAUCCAUCGAUUACGUCCCAAUGAAUCCACUGCUCGAGAACUACACUCAUCCCUUCGAUGAGGGUGUCGGUAUUGUAAAUCGAAUGUUUGGACCAGGAAAGAAGGCGGAUGAAGUGUUGGAGAUCGCGACUAAGAUCAAGGAAUUGGAUCGGCAGAUCAAGGAAAGCCGAAUGUACAUGAAAAUGAAGGCCGAAGAGGAGAAAUUGAGUGGAAAGCUGAUUACCAGAGGGCUUUACGGAGAAAAGGUGAUCGCAGAUGGUGAAGAGAAGAAACGCAGUGAACUGACAGUACAAAAAGAGGUCGAGCAGAGGUAUUUGGAAGGGAAAUUCGUCAAGAAAAAGGAGGUGAAGAUCAGCCGAAGAGACAUGCAACUAGAGGAUUGA